CUCAAUCGUCACACCAGAGGAUUAAUGUAAAAAUAAAUCACCUGCAAAGAUCAUAGGAUAGAUUGUCUUAAACAUUAUUCUUAUCUGUUAAAGUUUGACAUUAUCAUUAUUCUGUCAACUCGUUAUGUUGAUAUUUUUGAUAAUCAUAAAAUAAUAAUGAAUAUUUAUUAUUUACGAACUACAAAGUCUACCAUAAUAAUAUCCUGAUAACUUAAGUUUACGUAAUAAACAAACUCUGUUAAAUCAAUAAAACAAUAGCAUAAAGCUUAUCAAAAUGGAAGACAAUAUUGAUAAUAGUGUUACAGUUUUAGCAAUGCUGGAUAAUCAAACAUCAACUUACAAACAAAACAUCAUACCUGACUAUAAUCAUUCUAAUGGAAUGAAAUCCGAAGAAACUGAGACUAAUGAAACAAGCAAACAUAACAUAAUUUGGACCCGAAAUGCGACUUUACUACUCUUAAAUUUAUAUGAAACUAAAAUACACAUGAUUGAUAAUCCAAAAAGGAAAUCAAAAAUGUGGUUAUCGAUGGCUGAAGAAUUAAAGGCAUUAAAUAUUGAGGUAACACCAGAUCAAGUACGAUGGAAAAUAAAUGCUUUAACUAAAAAGUACAAAGACUGUAUCGAGAAUGGACAAGGGAAUUUAACUUUUAAAUAUUUUAACGAAAUGCAUCAAAUAUUAGGCCAAUAUCAUGAUGACAAUGACACUUACAGAUUGUCUUCGGGUGUUACACAAAAUAAUAAAAGUUCAAUGUUAUGUUCACCUUACCAUAAAAUAAGAACAGAAAGAAAAGCUAAAGUUGAAUUAGAUAAACAAUGGUUAGAUUAUUUAAAACGACAGGAAGAGCAGAAGGAAUUAAGAGAUCAAAGAUAUGAAAGAAGCUUGAGGUUAAGACAGGAAGAAUUAGAAUUAAGAAAAAGAGAACUAGAAAUAAAAGAGAGUUUAGCUUUAAAAAAGUUACAACUAAAAGAGAAAAUGCAAGAAGAAGUACUUAAGAUUGAAAGAGAGAAAUGUGCAUUGUUAAGGGCAUUCCUUAACCCACAUUAACAUGGAAGUUUUAAAGACAUAAUUGCAUAAUUUGUACAGUAAUUAUAAGUUUUUCUCUGUAAAAUAUAAAUAUUAUUUAAUUAGAUAUUUAUAAUGCAAUUGACUGAUAGGGACAAGACAUUUUUAGUAGAUUUCAUUCUACACACAAUUAUGCAAUACAUAGUACAUAGUACAUACUGUUUAUACAGUGUAAAUAAAAAUUGUAUCACCGUCAUUAUUUAUUUCAUAUAUAAUGGUGUCCAAGACAAAGUCUUAAUUUUUUCAGCUGGUCUUUGAUACUUAGUUGAUAAUGAACAAGAUACUUUAUUUAGCACAUUCAAAGCCAUUUUGAUUUUUAUGCAUUAUAAUAAACUUACAUGCUAAUUCUAUGGUACUGAACAUUUUAAGCUUAUUAAAAUUUUGUUCCUGGCCUUAUACCACACAUAUGGGGAUCCCGUACAUGCUUUUCUAAACCUUAAUAAAAGCUUAGUAAAAUGUG